AUGCCUGUUCGAAGCAUCAACCCGUUUGCAUCCACCACCCCUACUCCACCCCUCGACCCCUCUAGCGAGAAGCGCGAUCCUGCGCGUCGAGCGUCCUUUGCAAAGGGCAACAAGUUCACAUCCCUCUUCGGCGGCUCACCCAGAUCAAAGACCGACGCCGCUGUCCUGCGUGAAGCCUUUGUCGCCCAGCAACAGGCCCUUCUCAAUAAUCCCUCGCCCUCGCAAAUCUCCCUCCCGACUAUCAACCUGACCACCGCGACCGGCGAGAAGAUGCCCACCGAGCCAAAGACACUCUUCCAGCCGCCUUCGCCCGAGGAGCAGCGCCGCCUUGCACGAGCACACGCACAAUUCGGUCCUCUUGGCUCUCAGAAGCACCGCUACCUGAGCAAGUUCGAGGGCGAGUUCGGCGACCCCAUCGAGGACGAGCCGCCAUAUUAUUUCCUUUUCACUACAUACAUCAGCUACUUAAUCCUAAUAGUAUUCGGACAUGUUCGCGACUUCUUCGGCAAGCGCUUCAGGAAGCAACACUACAGCCAUUUGCAGGAGAAGGACGGAUAUGCACCCCUCAACAGCGACUUUGACAACUUCUACACAAGGCGGUUGAAGAUGCGCAUCAACGACUGCUUUUCGCGACCAACGACCGGCGUUCCCGGACGCUUCAUCACCGUGCUUGACCGCAAGUCAGACGACGGAAACAACACCUUCAAGAUGCUCGGCACCACAACUGAAACCCUCAACAUGAGCUCGUACAACUACCUCGGAUUUGCUCAAUCAGAGGGCCCUUGUGCAGACGCCGCCGAAGCCACUAUCAGAAAAUACGGUAUCUCCAUGGCCAGCCCCCGAUCAGACAGCGGUACCUCCGAUCUCACCGUUGAGGUUGAAGAUCUCAUUGCCAAGUUCGUCGGCAAGCCUGCCUCGAUGGUCUUCUCUAUGGGUUUCGUUACCAACGCCACCACAUUCCCCACCAUUGUCGGAAAAGGCUGCCUCAUGAUCUCCGACGAACUCAAUCACUCUUCCAUCCGCUUCGGCGCUCGUCUCUCCGGCGCCAUGGUCACAAUGUUCAAGCACAACGACAUGCGCGAUCUUGAGCGCAAGCUCCGCGAAGCCAUCUCCCAAGGCCAACCCCGCACUCACCGUCCCUGGAAAAAGAUUCUCGUCGCCGUCGAAGGUCUCUACUCCAUGGAAGGCACCAUGUGCAAUCUCCCCGGCAUCAUUUCCCUAAAGCACAAGUACAAGUUCAACCUCUUCGUCGAUGAAGCCCACUCUGUUGGCGGUGUCGGCCCCCGCGGCCGUGGUGUGUGCGAUUACUUUGGCAUUGACCCUAGCGAAGUCGACAUUCUCAUGGGUACUUUGACCAAGUCUUUCGGCGCAAACGGUGGAUACAUCGCUGCUGAGAAACCCAUCAUUGACAAACUGCGCACCUCGAACGCCGCUAUGCUCUUCGCUGAAUCGCCUGCUCCCCCUGUCCUCAUGCAGAUUUCGUCUGCGCUUCGCAUCAUUGAUGGAUCUAUUGUACCCGGCCAAGGUGAAGAGAGACUUCAGCGUCUGUGCUUCAACUCCCGGUACCUCCGCCUUGGUUUGAAGCGUCUGGGCUUUAUCGUUUACGGCCACGACGAUUCUCCCAUUAUCCCGGUCAUGCUGUACAACCCCGCCAAGAUGCCCGCUUUCUCGCACGAAAUGCUCAAACGCAAGAUCUCUGUCGUUGUCGUCGGAUACCCAGCUACACCUCUCGUCUCAUCGCGAGCCCGUUUCUGUGUCAGCGCUGCGCACACCAAGGAUGACUUGGACCGCAUGCUUACGGCUUGCGACCAGGUUGGCGAUUUGCUCCAACUCAAGUUCAGCAGUGGUGUCGCGGGAGGACUGGAACCCGAGGAGGUGGGCAAUGGGAUGACGUUGGAGAAGAAGGCUGAGGGAGCAAAGAAGGAGGAGAUUAAGGCGCCGAGGUGGAAGAUUGAAGAUGUGCUCAAGAGGACUGUUGAUGAUGUACAAGGGCAGCUGCGGUAA